GUGAUGGCGAUCUGGGACGCGGGAGGCUCGGACCCCGUAGCCCCCGCCGCGGAGGAGCCCAGGCGCUGCGCUCCUUCUUCCGUGCCUGCCGAAUCCUAUCCUCUGGCCCCCGCCUUGGCUCUGGCAGAAAAGCUGCCCCUGAUUCCGCGCACUCCGGUGCCUUUGCCGGUGCCGCUCCCCUUGCCUGCUGCCCCGCUUUGCCCGGCUAUCCCGCUCAAGCGCCCCUCCCGAGCGAAGGCGCCGCCCGCCAAGAAGCCCAAGGCCGUGCGCAAGCUGAGCUUUGCCGACGAGGUGACCACAUCGCCCGUGUUGGGGUUGCGGAUCAAAGCUGCUUCCGAGGCGGGCAGCGAAGGCAUCCGUGUGGCUCGUCCGACGCUGCUGGGUGAAUUUGUCUGCCAGCUGUGCAAGGAACCCUAUGCCGAUCCCUUGGCUCUGGCUCAGCACCGUUGCUCCCGAAUUGUGCGCGUCGAAUACCGCUGCCCGGAGUGUCACAAAAUCUUCAGCUGCCCGGCCAACCUGGCUUCUCACCGCCGGUGGCACAAGCCGCGCCCGACCACCUCUGCCGGUCCCACCCAGGACAAAGAAAACAGCCGCGGGGAGCCCGGCCGAGAUCAGCACCACGGCGCUGCGGACAGCUCCUGCUGCCGGGACCAGCCGGCUCCUCGUGCCGCACAGCUCGGUCCGGCCAGUGAAGCUGCCGUCGCCGCUGCCGCCUCCGUUUCCACUCCUGGCUCCGGUUUGGUAGCUCCUCCUGGUGAGCUCUACUUUUGCCCUUAUUGCCACAAGUCUUUCCGGCGCCAGGCGUACCUGCGCAAACACCUGGGCACCCACCAGGCUGGUAUCGCCAGCUUCACCAGCAACUCACCAUCUCACCCACCCCCGCAACAGAUCGCCUUUUCCUGUCAUUUGUGCGGCGCGCAUUUCCCGUCGGCGGACAUCCGAGAUAAGCACCGGGUAUGGCACACGGUGCGUGAGGAAUUGCUUCUGCCACUGGGGCAGCCUGAGGGCAGCCUUAACCACGGUGAGCAGCAGAUCUUUUCCUGCAAACACUGUCCCUCGACUUUCUUCAGCUCGCCCGGCCUUACCCGACACAUCAACAAGUGCCACCCUUCGGAGAACAGGCAGGUUCUUCUAUUGCAGAUGUCCGUCAGGCCGGGCUGCUAGACUUGUCCAGCAACGAGUUGAUUCUUCUCUCCAGACAGAACUGUGAAAUUACACACGUAAAGGCUAAACAUUUGCCUGACUCUACAGAGGAGGUGCUCGGACUGUUUUCCCAUUACCUGAAACUGCAUUACAUGAUAUUUCCUUUGUCCCUAAGCUUUGUACCUUUUUCUUUGGUGAUCGAA